GGCAGAAACCGGCGGAUCACGAUGUUCGCCAGAAGCAGAAGACUAGAUGGCCUUCGAUUCAGACGGCGUCUGUGGCGGAGUAAUCAUAUAGGGGUCGAAAUAUAGGAGGCAUCUGGUUGAUACAAAUACCUCCAUCCGCGCCACCUUCCAUCAUCAUCACUCACCAUCAUUCUAUCAUUCACAUUUCAUAUCUUCCUCUCUCUCUCUCAUCUCUCUCAUACCAUUUCUUUAAACAUAAACAUGAAGUUUACUACUACUCUUUCCGUUACAAUGGCAAUUGCCGUGGCCUCCGCAACUCCUUUCAGAGGUGCAGGAAGGCCUUUCGUUAGCAAGGCUGCAGCUCCUCCUGGAGCUCCUGUCACCACAAAAGCUGGAGAAUUCUCGCCUGCUGGACCUGAUGAUUGUAAGUGUUGAUAUUAUAUCCAUGCAAACUUGAAAUGCCUUCUAACUCGCUUUAGUCCGAGGCCCAUGCCCAAUGAUGAACACUCUUGCAAACCACGGUUUCCUACCACAUAACGGCCGAAACAUUACCAGAGAAACCGCAAUCAGGGCUUUGGGACAGGGUAUCAACUUUGACCCAGCACUUGCUGGACUCAUGUGGGACCAGGCCAUUUUCAUCAACCCAGAGCCAAAUGCGACAUUCUUCACGCUGUAAGUCAAAGCUCGCUAAACAGACUUUAAAAUGCAGUCGCAAAAAGCUUUUACCAAAUACUGACUCGACUCAAGUGAUAUGCUAAAUGUUCACAACGUUCUCGAGCACGACGCAAGCUUAAGUCGUCAAGAUGCCAAAUUUGGAAACAACCACGUCUUUGAUCCGAUGAUUUUCGCCCAAUCCGCCAUGUACUUCACUGACAAAGUCAUGACUCCUGCACACAUUGCCAACGCCAAAGUUCAAAGACAACUCACCUCCAAAGCUACCAACCCAGAAUAUAGAUUUACCGACUCAAUCGAGAACUUCAGUCUAGGAGAGGUAUGUAUUCCAAGGUUAUUUGACAUCCUUCCACAAUGCAAUGCUAACUCAUUUUUGUUUAGAUUGCAGCUCCCUUCCUAGUCUUUGGAGACAUCAAAGCUAGAACUGUCGAUCGUGAUACAGUCAUCUCUUUCAUUAGUAAGUUCUCCAUAUACAUUGAUCGGUAAUCAAGGUGCUAAUCUGUCCUCGUAGCGAACGAGAAGCUCCCAGACGGAUUCAAACCCCAGGCAACACCAGUCACUCUCCAACAAGUUGGGGAUAUGGUUGUGGCUUGUAAGAAUGCCACCAACCUUUUCACCAAGGACGCAGGCGCUGCACCAGCACCAGGGUUUCCCGCGAACCACAAGCGCUCAGUUACGGGAUUCGGCCACGGGAUGGUAUUUUAGGUAUCGCAGGAUUGGCACGAUGACCUGGGAGUCAAGACGAGUUUGAUAUUCGGCUAUAUGUUUGGAUAGCAUUUUUUGGAGGUUUACCUCUUUUGACAAGAUACCUUUUGUGGUUGCAUUUACAUUGGGUAGCGGGAAGUUUUUGAUAUCACAGAUUGUUUGUGCAAUGUAUAUAUUUUACUGG